CUUUUCUUUGCUUAGAAGUUUCAAAAAACUUUCUCAGAAACCUUUGAAAAGAAACGCAGGUUUCGAUAGCUCAAGCAAGAAUCGUCUCUACAAAAUUUACCAUUCGGGUGAUUGCUUCCUUUAUUUUCUGAAUCAAUUUCAGUUCUUUCUUUCCCUAUUCAUUCCCCUUGGAACAGAGCAUGCUCUGUUCUGAAUCUCAAGUAUAAAGAAGAAAUUUUCUAGUGCAGUUGAGCUUGAAAGUAUGCCAUCCGAAUCGGAUAAGUGGGGAUGGGAACAUGUAAGUGUCUUUGGUGGAUUUGACAGGGGAAGUGGUACAAAAAGGUGGAAAUGUAAUCACUGCAAUCUCCGGUAUAAUGGAUCUUAUUCACGUGUUAGAGCACAUCUUCUUGGGUUCUCCGGUGUCGGGGUAAAGAGCUGUCCAGCAAUAGACAGGUCUCUGAGAGAAGCAUUUCAUAUCCUAGAGGAGGAGCGCCUAUCAAGGAAAAAGAAGAAGAAUUCUGCAAAUGGGAAGCCUGGUAAGCGCAUUAGAACUUCACAGCCAAGUCUUGCCUGGAAAACCAUCACCAAAGAAGAUGUAGAUGAUAUAGUAGCUAGAUUUUUUUAUGCAGAUGGAUUAAGUAUUGAUAUUGUUAACUCACCUUACUUCCAUGAAAUGGUGAAAGCAAUUGGUGCUUUUGGGUCUGGAUAUGAACCACCAUCAAUAGAUAAGCUAUCUGAUUCAUUUUUAAGUAAAGAGAAAGGGAGGAUUGAAAAGUCAAUGGCUCUAGUAAGAGAGUCCUGGCCACAUACCGGCUGCACAAUACUGUGUGUUGGCCGAUUAGAUGGCGCAAUUGCUAGCUUCCAUAUUAAUAUAUUUGUCUCAAGUCCGCGCGGGCUUAUAUUUUUGAAAGCAGUGGAUGUAGAUGAUCCUGAUGAAGGAGAUCAUGUAUUUACUGGUGCCCUUAGUGAUGCAAUUAUGGAAGUUGGACCAUUAAACGUUCUUCAAAUUAUCUCACAUCUUGGUGAUGCCUGUAAAUCAUCUGAAUCCUAUAUAUCAUCAAAGUUCCCUAAUAUAUUUUGGUCUCCUUGCACUUCACAUUCUAUCCUUAUGUUGAUGGAAGAAAUAGCUGAAUUGGAAUGGGUAAAAUCUAUUGUCUUAUGUGCUAAGGCAAUUGAACAAUGUAUGAUGACAUAUCAGCAUUCUUCUCCAUGUCUUUUCAUUCAAAAUCUGAAACCGAGCUCUGAUCCAAUCUCUGCCAAGUUUGCCCCUACCUAUUGCUUCAUCCAGCGGAUUUUUGAACUACGGCAAGCUCUUCAAGAGGUGGUUGUUAGUGAAGAGUGGAAGCACAGUGUUGGAGGGGAUGUCGAAAGUGUUGAAUCAGCCAUUUUAGGAGGUGAUUUCUGGAGCAAGGCUCAUCUGUUGUUGCAGUUAUAUGAGCCAUUCGUAAGAUUACUAGUUACACUUGAUAUUGAUAAAUCUGUUAUCGGUGAUGUUUACAAUUGGCGGGUUCAGGCUCUUGAAACCUUGAGGAAUAUGGCAAUUGAUGAUGACAUAAUGAAUCAAUUAGAAGGAAUGAUUGAUAACAAAUGGGAUGUGUUAUUUUCCCCUCUUCAUGCUGCAGGCUACAUACUGAACCCAAAAUAUAUUGGAAAAUUUCAAACCAAAGAGAAAUCUGUAAUGCGAGGCUGGAAAGCUACUCUAGAAAGAUAUGAAGGCGAAAGUGCAGCGAGACGUGUUCUUAGAGAGCAGCUCAGCUCAUACUGGCAUCUGGAGGGAUCCUUAGGAGAAGAAGAUGCUGUGGAUUGCCGGGAUAAGAUGGAUCCGGUUGCAUGGUGGGAGAACUUCGGUUUCGAGACGCCUAGCCUGCAGACGCUAGCCAUAAAGGUUCUGAGUCAGGUUUCAAGCAUUGCAAUGUGCCAAGAGAUUUGGCAAACUAAUGAUAUUCUAUGUCAAGAAACAGCAAACAGAUUGGGAGUGCAAAGAGUGGAAGAUCUUCUUUUUGUUAGAAACAAUCUUAGACUUCAUUACCAAAGAAAUGGUGGUUUAAGCUCUUCUCCUGGCCCUAGAAACGCUAGUUCAAGUUCUUCUGGAGUUAAGACAUGGGACAGUUCCCAUCUUGAUCAAACAAAGGCAAUCUUAAAUGUCCAUGACAACUUGUGACAUUGCCUCACUGCUGUUUGCUGGAUGUUUUUCAGACCAGAGACUUGCUGUAUCAGAGGAUUUUAUCAUGCAGUGAGCUGUUGCAUUAGCCUUUGCUAUUUGCUAAUGAGGAUAAUUAUUCUGUAUUCUUUUACUUGUAAAUUGCAAAUUAAAUAAUAUUUGUAAAUUUUCAUCAAUGUCAAUUUUAGCGACCUCAAUAUUACCGGUGCUUCCUGC